CGCCAGUUGUCCGGGGUACCGGGCGGUGAUUGUCCCGCCCGUCCAGUCCUGUCUUCGCUGCUGGUCCGAAGUGAUGCCCCGCGCUGCGGCCGACUGAGGUGUAACGGGAGCGGAGGAGCGGCCGAAGUCAUAUUUCUAUAGCCUGACUGGUUGACUGAAGGAUUGUGCUGGAGUUGGUUCCGUCUUCACACACUUCCGAUCUCAUUUACCAAAGGCCAAGAAGAUCAGAUGAACUCAAAUCUGUAGAGGAUCCAUUGCAGCUCCUGUAUCAUCGUGCUUGCGUGAAAAUCCAGUCCAAUAACCUCAUAUUUGGCAGUUUCUACUAAUUCUGCCCUCUUCAGUCAAUGAAGUAGAACCGGACUUCCUUGUUUUUAACUGCAGAGAGUGCAGUAGUAUUCCUCAACCUGCUUAUGAGAGCAGGUCCACAUGCGCAGUCCAACCAUGAUGGAAGAGGAUAUUGAAGUGGCCAUCAAAGUGGUGGUUGUUGGCAAUGGGGCCGUGGGUAAAUCGAGCAUGAUACAGCGAUACUGCAAAGGUAUUUUCACCAAGGAUUACAAGAAAACCAUUGGGGUGGACUUUCUGGAAAGACAGAUUCAAGUUAAUGAUGAGGAUGUCAGAUUAAUGUUGUGGGAUACAGCAGGCCAAGAGGAAUUUGAUGCCAUCACAAAAGCUUACUAUAGAGGUGCUCAGGCAUGUGUGCUGGUAUUUUCCACCACUGAUAGAGAGUCUUUUGAGGCUAUCUCAAGUUGGAAGGAAAAGGUUGAGGCUGAAGUCGGAGAUAUCCCUACCGUUUUGGUACAGAACAAAAUAGACCUCCUGGAUGAAACUGUACUUAAAAAUGAAGAAGCAGAGGCUCUUGCUAAAAGGUUGAAGCUAAGAUUUUAUCGGGCUUCUGUGAAGGAGGAUUUGAAUGUGAAUGAAGUUUUCAAGUACCUGGCUGAGAAGUACCUUCAGCGACUCAAACAGCAAACCACUGAAGAAGAACAAGUGCACACAACAAGCAAUCGCAUAGGGGUAUUUAACACAGCUGGUGGCAGUCACUCUGGGCAGAACCCAAGCACAAUUAACGGUGGUGACGUUAUCAGCCUUCGACCAAACAAACAGAGGACCAAGAAGAACAGAAGCCUCAUGGGCCGCUGUGGGAGGCUGUAGCCAUCUCCCUGCACCCAGAAUUAACAUUCACUGUCUGUAGAAGUGUUCUGACCAGUAAGAGGGGUUUUUAAUUUAGAUAUUCUGAUACAUCAGUGAUUGGUAAUAAUUACGGAAAACGCAGUACUUGGCUAACUGACAGUUCUGCCUAUGCAGAAGCUUUCUGCAAACAAAUGACCAUGGCUUGGAGAUUGUUUGGAGAGUGUAUGCUGGUUUGAGCCAGCAUUAUGAGUCUGUGAACAGAAUGGACGGUAACUGAUCUGUCUGAUUGCUGAUGCUUUGUGUGGGUUGUUCCAAGUUGAUAGAUUUGUUUGCGAGUUGGUCACCUGCUACAUUCUGAAAAUCACGGCGCUCAGUUGUGUGACUUCGGCCAGACCUGCAGUGCUGUCUGAUGGAGCGAUGAACGUAAUGUGAUUGGUUGGCAAGAGUGUCAUUCAAAGGAGCGUAGUCCAGACUCCGGAUUGAGAUUUUCCAGUCCAGCUAGUAAUGCUGUCCUUAAGGGAAUUAACAUUUUUCAAAGAAAAAAAGUUGCAAUUAAUUAUGGAAAUCUAUUGUCAUUUGAACAGGUAACGUAAACAUUGCCAUUUGUGCUUUACAUUUGUGGUUGUUAAUUCUCGAAACUAAUUCUGAUGAAUUGUGCAAUAUUUCAGUGUUGACUGCAGCCUGGAGAAGGAUAUUUUGCUACUAGAUGAUUUUUUUUUCAUAUACAGAUGUUUUGAGUUGAUUGUUUGGAUAAUUUGUAUAAAAGAAUUGCCAUUUGUAUUCGAAUGUUUGUAUUCCUGAAUUUGCUGACUAACUGCUUAGAUUUUUUUUCUAUUGAAUGUGUAAUCAUGUGUUGCUUGUGUGCAUGCAACAUUAACAUCAUUUCCUGAAAAGGGUCUCCUCACACAGCAAGAGUUUUGCGCAAGAGUUUUGCACAAGUGCCAAGUCAGUACUGCAAUUAUUGACUAUGCCUUCUAUUGUCCUUGCAAGAGCAUAAGAAAUCCUAAACCAGGUCUCUAAAUGACCUAUAGCAGGUGGCUAUGCUUGCCUGCUGAAAACACCUACCACUCUGCAUAGCCACGGGUCCCAAGUUCAUGACCGAAUGAUCAUUGCUUUCUAUUAUUUGCCAUGCAUGCUUCUUAGUGGGAUUAGAGUGCCUUGUAAAAGUAUUCAGCCCCCAACCCUUUGUUCACUUCAAAGAAAAAUACAACCAGGGAUUUUGAUCAAUUUUUAUUUGUGAAUCAUAUGCUCCUUUUUUCACAGUAGAGCUCCAAAACAGGGGGAAUUGUAAAACUUGAAAAACUGAAAUGUUAGUAGCUCAAAAGUAUUCAUCCUCCUUUCCUCAGUUCUUAGUUGACCCACCUCACAGUGAUUACAGCCAGUAGUCUUUAUGGAUAAUUAUCUAUUAGCGUUGCACAAGAUGAUGAGAAAGAUUUGUCCAUUCUUCCUUGCAAAAUUUGCUUUAAGAUGUGCCAGGUUAGUUGGGGAAUGGCAUUGGACAGGGCUCUGACUGGGCCACUCAAGGACAUCAAUUUCCUUCAUUUGAAGCCGCUCCAUGAUUGCUCUGGCAGUGUGCUUUGGGUCAUUGUCCAGCUGAAAAAUGAACCUCCUCCCCAGUUUAAGCUUACUGGCAGGUUUUUACCUAUGGUCUCUCUGUAUUUGGCAGGAUUCAUCUUCCCAUCAAUCCUGACCUGAUUUCCAGUCCCUGCUGCUAAAAAACAUUCCUGUAGCAUGAUGCUACCUCCACCAUACCCUAUAGUAGGAAUUGUGCUACACAGCUGAUGCACAACAUUAGAUUUACACAACACAUGCCGCUUAGCGUUGAGGCCAGAAAGUUCCACUUUAGUCUCAUUCGACCACAAGACUUUCUUCCACAUCUUUACAGUGACUUCUGAGUGACACUUUGUAAGGUCUUUACGGGCAAGGAAAUGCUUUUUGUUUUAGCCAGGGCUUCUUCCUUGCCACUCUCCAUAAAUGCCCUUUUUGUGUAAGGCUUUAGAGAUUGUUGGCCAUGAACUUCAUUUUGAAUUGCAGCCACUGACUUCUGCAGCUCACUCAGAGUAACUGUUGGCAUCACAAUAGCCUCUCUUACAAGUGCCAUUUUUCUGUGGCAACAAAGUUUAGAGGGGUGGCCUGACCUAGCCAGUGUGGCUGUAGUUUGGCCAAAGAAAUUCCUCCUCAUCUCCUUUUUAAAAGGACGCCCCUAUAUUCUGAGGCAGUAUCCUCUGGUCUUCGACUUUCCCACCAUUGAAAACAUCCUCCCUAUAUCCACUCUAUCAAGGCCUUUCAUCAUUUGAUGAGUUUCAAUUAUGUCAUCCUUCAUUCUUCUGACUACAGACCUAGUGCCAUCAAAUGCUCUUCAUAUGACAUUCUUAUGAAUUAUUCGUAUGAUAAACGUUAUUCUUAUGAAUUAAUUGAAAACCGGUGAUCCUCUAAUUUUCUGCAUCAACAAGUUGGGUGAGUUGGUAAGGUAAUAUACAGUACUGCAGCUGAGGAGAGUUAGCUGAGUAAUUACAAAGGGGACGAAUACUCUUCAGCCUCGCAAUUUUGGUUUUUAAUUUUUAGUAAAUUGGUGACAGGUUUUAGAAUUUUUCUUUUGACAUGACGGGGCACAAUGUUUUCUAGAUUAGCACAAAAAUCGUACUUCAAUAUAUUUUCAGUUUUGAAAAUGAGACAGUAAAAUGUGAAAAUAGUUGUCGGGUUGGAAUACUUUUUGAAGGUACUGUAUAUGAAAUUAAAAAGAAAACAUUAAACACUUAAUGGCUUAGGCAGAAUUUGUGGAAAGAGAAGCAGUUGAGGGUCUUCAACCUGAAACAUUAACUUUGUUUCUCUAUCCACAGAUGUUCCUUGACUUUCCAAGUGUUCCUAGCAUUUUUCAUUUUUAUUUCAGAUUUCUAGCAUCUGAUGUUGAUUGUCUUGGAGCUGUCAUACUAAGAUUAAUAGAUGAUGCUGUAAGGUAAUGUUUUAUGAAUCUGGACACAGCCUAACUUGGAAUGUGAAGAAAAGACAGUCAGGAGAAGGUCAGAUGUAAUGGCAAACUCAUGAUGGCACAUCCAUAUACCACAACUAUGCUCAUCCAUCACCACCCCCAGCAUUCAACUUCCUGACAGCUGGAGGAAUCCAGGAGGUAUUAAGUUUGGCGGAUGAGGAAAGCAUUCUCUAUUUGCUCAAUGUCAUCUCACGCAAUCAAAACCAGUCUAGGAGAUUAGAGAUCAGGGAUGUGGGCAGCAAAAUAGCAUAUAGCAGUUAGCUUAACGCAGAACACCACAGUGCAGUAGAGCCCAUUCGGCCCAUGAUGUUGUGCUGAUCUUAUAACCUACUCUAAGAGAAAUCUAACCCUUCUCUCUUACAUAGCUCUCCAUUUUUCUGUCAGCCAUGUGCCUAUCUAAGAGUUUCUUAAGUUUGCCUAAUAUAUCUGCCUCUAGCACCACCCCUGCAGGGUGUUCCAUACAUUCACUUUACAAUGCCUGUGGUUGCAGUUUCCACUGUUUUCCGUGAGGAGUUUGUAUGUUCUCCCUGUGACUGUGUCGGUUUCCUCUGGGUGUUCUGGUUUCUUCCCUUAUUCCAAAGAUGUAAGGGUCAGGGUUCGUAAGUUAUGGACAUGCCAUGUUGGAGCCAGAAGCAAAGCAACACUUAUGGGUUGCCCCUCCCCCACCCACCC